AUGGCGACGGACGUGCAGACGUUGGGACGGCCAACCUUCCUCGGCCAGCUGUACAACUCCCAUACCGGCAGUCUUUUGAAUGAUUCCCUGUUCCCCUCCGAAAUUUCUGUCCAAUCGACCGACACCGAGCCCGCGCCAUUCAUGCAAAUCGAGUAUGGCGAUGUCAGGACGGCCAAGGAGCGGGCGGCAAAGCUCGAUGUCUCGGCCUCCCUCUCCUGCUCCAUCCUGGGCGGCUCCAUCGAUUUGUCCGGUUCUGGUUCCUACCUCGAUCGCUCCGAGAGCACGGAAGAAUCCGCCUCCAUCACGGCCUACGUCAAGACCAAGACCAAGCACACCCACCUGCGAAUCCAAGAGGCGAACCUGCAGAACGCGGUCCAGAUAUCGCCGGAAAAGUUGCGCAAGACGGGAGCGACGCACGUCGUCACCCAAAUCACGUACGGUGCCAAUCUUGUCGCUUCCUUGACCGAGUCCAACUCCACGUCCAACAAGGAGACCGAAACGAAAGGAGAAUUCUCCAUCAAGGUCUUCCAGAGCAUGGGCGGCUUUGCCGGCGCCGAGGGGCAGGCCCGCUUGGAGAUGAGCGAGCGGGAGAAGGUGGCCAACUACUCGCUCGAGCUGCGCAUGAAUGGCGACUUCCUCGACGCGGGAAGCGCCGUGAGAUUCCCGGUGACGCCUGUUGCUCUUUCGGCCAAACUUCUCAAGGCAACAGCGCUCUUGAACGUGCCCGUGCCCAUGACCUUCUCCUUGACCCCUCUCAGCUUUUUCGACAAAGUUUCCACCGUCCUCCUCUUCAGGGAGCUGGAAGAUUUGGAGCUGCAGAACAUGAUUGGCCUCUACGACAGCAUCGUCACUCUUGACCAGGGCCGCAAGAAGCUCUUGGCUAGGGUCAACGAGAAGGAAGGAGACUUCUUCCCGACGUUCCGAAAGGACUGCCAGGCUGGCGAGAGGAGGGUCGAGCUGCUCGUGUCGCAAUACCGAGCAAAUCUCGGCACUUUUCUCCGCGAAAUCCGUGCCGAGCCGGACAGGGAUGGUGUCCAGGCCGCCAAGGACUUUCUCCUGACCGGCAACAAGAUCUACGACGAGGAAAAGGAUUCCUUUGACAAGGCCCUUUCCACCUGGAUCGCAAGGAUCAACUUGUUGAAUUUGGCUGCCAAGAGUGGCAUGCCCUUUGUUAGCGUAGCCGACCUCUCGGCGAAGAUGAACCUACCAGGUCAGCCGCCGGUGGCACUUGUGUUGGUGCCUCCCAAUGUGCUCACAAACACGUUGAUCAACACCUACGAUGGACUCGUUGACACCAUCAACAAGUGGUACGCACAGACGCAUGAGCCCGAGAGAGGAGCGCAAGCAGUCACACCACCGCCGCCAAUUUCCUUUUGUUCCGUAUACGCGGAUACGGAUGUAGGACUCGACAAGCAAUUGCUGCUGUUGGAUGGUGAGUCGACGGCCAUCAAACAAGCCCUCGUGAAGGCAAGAGGGUCAAAUCAGCCUGCCCUGUUGUCCUAUGGAGUUUCAAAGGGAGACCAUCUCGGCCUUGUCGACUGGAAAUACUCCGGAAUCGGGGGAGGAGAAUCCACGUGGGGAAUCCUCGUCGACGAGGGCGCUGGAACAAAGUACGUUGGCGACUUGAGAGACUCUCUGCCCCAUGGUUCGGGCACCAUGCGACUCUCAAACGGUUCCACCUACACCGGCUCCUGGUUCCAGGGAACGCGCGAUGGAAAGGGCACCCUGCGACGAAUAGACGAGACUGUCGAGUACGAGGGCAUAUUUGUCGAUGAUGCGCUGCGUCAUAACGGUCGAGUCAUCACCGUCGUUGUCUACAAAGAUCAUAUUCCCGUCGACACGGCCACUUUUGCCGUGGAGUGUGUCAUUGAUCCGACAUCAUUGGACCAGAUCGAGGCGGCGCUUCCAAAACAAGUGGCCAAGAUUGCGAAAGCCUUUGGAUGGAAAGACGACGAGAGCUACCGCCUCGUCACUACGUGGGAGGGUCAAGAAUACGUCUGGGAGCAUUUCUUGGAGAACGAGCGCAACGAGUUCCUUGUCGAUUCCGAGUUCGUACUCCUGGAGGCCGCAUACCGAACAACGUUGCCGGCUCCUAGGUUGGUUCCGGGCCGAUAUUUUCCGUAUUCUUCACGAAUUUACGUUGUUACGAAUGGUUCGACAUCAAAGAACCUUUCAUACUCCGGUACACGCCAGUUUAUCGAGAAGGUGUUGCCAAUGAACCCUUGGCUAGCUGGGUCGGGAGCAGUUCGUUCCGGUGAUGAGGUUGUCAACAUUGCAACCCUCGACUCUCUGAACGGAGGUUUGCCGCCAAUAAUCAAGGCUACUGUUUGGUAG